CUUUCUUACAGCAUCAGCAAUGAGUCAAAUGAACGGAAAUACCAGCUCCGCGCUGCAGCUGCCAGAGCCAUUUGCCAGUAUCCCUCGAGAGUCUCUUCUUUUCGGCCCGUCUCCGAUUCAGGCGCUGCCACGGAUAUCACAAGCACUGGGUGGGGAAGUCAACGUCUAUGCAAAGAGAGAAGAUUGCAAUUCCGGCCUGGCUUUUGGCGGCAACAAGACGCGUAAACUCGAGUACUUUGCGCCAGAGGCCAUGUCCCAAGGCUGCACCACGCUCGCCAGUAUUGGGGGUGUCCAGUCCAAUCACACUCGACAAGUCACUGCUGUAGCUGCGAAACUAGGCCUUAAAGCUGCUACAGUCCAGGAAAAGUGGGUGGACUGGAAUGAUCCUGCGUACACGGAGGUCGGCAAUAUCCAGCUAUCACGUUUGAUGGGAGGCAACUGCCAUCUCGACCCAUCUCCAUUCGGAAUUGAGCACAAGAACACUCUUGCAAAUCUGAUAAAAGAUAUCACCGCCAGGGGAGAGAAACCAUACUAUAUUCCUGCUGGGGCCUCCGACCACCCUCUAGGAGGCUUGGGGUUCGCCCGCUGGGCGUUCGAGGUUGAGCAGCAGGAGAAGGAGCUCGGAGUCUUCUUUGACACCAUCAUCGUAUGUGCGGUUACCGGUUCGACCAUGGCCGGAAUGGUGGCGGGCUUCAAGCUCGCACAGAAGCACGGGUCGAAGCCACGGAAAAUCAUUGGGAUUGAUGCAUCGGCCAAGGUUCAGCAGACGUUCGACCAAGUCCUCCGUAUCGCAAAGGCCACAGGCGUGAAGAUUGGGCUCGAAGAAGGCGACAUUACUGAAGAGGACAUUAUUUUGGACGACAGGUAUCAUGCCGGCUGCUACGGUAUCCCCGACAAACAGACUGUCGAUGCCAUCAAGUUUGGUGCAUCGACGGAAGCCUUUAUCACCGACCCAGUGUAUGAGGGCAAGAGUCUGGCAGGCAUGAUGGACAUGAUUCGAAACAAAGAAAUACCCGCCGGCAGUAACGUUUUGUAUGCGCAUCUCGGAGGACAGUUGGCGUUGAAUGCAUAUUCUUCAAUUAUCCGAAUCAUGGCCACACCACCAGAUGGCGGUCAGGGCCAGACACCAGACGGGCAAGGAUCGCGACCAUACCGGUCACAUCGCUAUCCCGCUUGCGAGGUUUGCCGACGACGGAAAACCCGCUGCAUCCGAAAUAUCGACGAUCAAGCGUGCAGGUUCUGCCGGCGACAUGGGCUUGAAUGCAAGCUGACUAGUAAUGGUGCGAAGGAAGUUGCCACUGGAGCUCGUCCACCUCGUCGCUCACGGCGGUCAGCUCAACCACAACCUCGGCGGCGAGGGAUAGGGCAAGCACCUGCGUCGCCCAAGCGCCCAAACUUCGUCUUCGAUGACACGCAGAUGGAUAUGGGCCCGCAAAGGGGCAGCUCAGCACAUCACGACGAUGCUGGCUUGAGCGAGAACGAUGACGCCUUUCCUCGUCGAUCUGCUCAGACUCACUCUGGACAUAUAAUCGGCCCUGUGGCAGCUCCGGAUGUCCAGAUCCUGGAGCAGUACAUGUCCCCUUCGGCGGGGAUGCCAGUAUCCCAUGCCAGGCCCAAUCCUUACAGUGUGUACUCAAGCGAUUGGCGAAAUCCCAUCGUCUACCUGAAAGUUCCCCGGCAGCGUGUACGCAGCUCGAGAGGGAAUGGAUCCGCGGGCUUCCAACAGUACGAGUCGGUUGAAAAAGUGCUUGAACCCGUUGGCGGUGAUGUUGUUGAUCUCUUUUUCCAGGUUUUCCAUCCUGCCUUUCCCAUUCUAGACGAGAGGACGGUGCUGGAGUCUUACCGAAAGAAAGAAUUGCCCCAUGUCCUUGUCUGUGAGAUAUAUGCCUGUGCCAUGAUAUCUUGGCCGGUUUCGAAGGAGCUUGCAACCACUCGACCACAUCGGCCUGACGUCCGAUAUAUAUGGAACAAGACUGUUGAAGCGUUGAAUGAAGAAUUCCUCGCCGCAGGAUUCUCGACAGUCUUAUCUUGCAUAUUGGACCUGACAGGUCGACCCACGACGUCGAUGACAUAUAAUGCUAACAACAUUGGUCGAGCCGUCGCCUUAUCUCAGAGUCUGGGACUGAACCGGGAUCCCAGUGCAUGGAAUUUGGACCAGCGGCAGAAGGCGCUUCGAAUACGGACCUGGUGGGGAGUGUUGAUCCAUGACUGGUGGGCGAGCCUUGCACAUGGAACUCCACCACAUGUAAACCCGAGACAGUUCGAUGUCGCCGUCCCAGACUUGGCUGCUCUGCUCAUAGGAAGUGUUGCUGUCGAGGGAGACUCCAGUCGCAUCUCUAGCCCGCGCACCAUGGGUGCCCAGAGUUUUCGAGCUCUAUGUCAAUUGACCGAAAUUCUAGGAAAUAUCUUGCCUUUCAUCUACGACAUCAAGCGCAACAAUGGAGAAGUCCAAGCUCGAUCUCUGAAGCGGAUAGAAGCGUCAUUGGAGGACUGGGAGGAUAGCCUGCCACGCUCGUUGAACAUGAAGAGCCUCGAGUUCCAGAGGGACCAGCCCGGCGCCUUGAAUUUGUACCUGUCAUUUCUGGCCAUCAAAAUGUGUAUCUGUCGGGUGUUGUUGCUAGAAUCGGUCAAGUCGGAUGAUUACAGUAACCCGGAGACCUUCCGAUACGUUCAGCUACAGUGCCGUCGAGCCUCCCAGGGCAUUGUCGAUUUCACCUUGUCCCUGCGCGGGAACGACUUGCACGCGUUCUGGAUGCCGUACACUGCGUACCAUUUCACCUCUGCGGCAAUCUUAUUACUCCGCUGUGGUCUUGAAGCAGCGAACGCCGACACGGCGAGUGAAUGCAUAUCAGGGGCUCAGAGCCUCGUCGACCACCUGCGGAAAGCCAAAGCUGAGGCCCAGUGGGACUUGGGCGAUACCUGUCUCUCCCAGUGCGACCGGAUGAUUCAGCAACUCAGUGACAGAGGUUACCUUUCGGUCCGGCAACAGAGACAACCGCGCGAUGGAAGGACACCCGCGACAGCCAGUCAGCGCUUCGAGCCUCCCAGGACAUCAGAAGCAGGUCAGUCGCAAGCCAUGGACAUCGAUCGGCAGACCUCAACGAGUGCAGUCAUGGCUGCUCAGGCGCCGCCGUCGUCCAGUGAGCCUCUUGGCAUUGGUGUGGCACUGGACGGUCUGGCUGGAGGCUUUCAGGAUGGUGUUGGCAUGUGGGAUCCAUGGGAUCCGUUCGCGCAAUUGACAAUCCCAGAUCUUUGGGACGCAACCGAGUUGAAUGAUUAUAACGGGUCCAUACAGUGACAGGCUUUCCAACUAUGCUGGAGUUUUGCGGAUUAAUAUUGUCUGUUGCGCCUGGAUCUCGUGGUAGUGAG